GUUCCACUUGGUUCGGAGGAUGAAUUGCAGGAAAAAGUGGAGCCCCGAAAUAGAAGAGCCUCCUGCACCAGGCGAAGGAAGGACAUAGAUGAGGCAAGAUGGAGCAGAGCACGAAUACUGAGAAAGCAACGGGGUCGGGCAUGCACUCGGUGUCGCCGAAGGAAGCUGUAAUUCCAAUCUCUGCUAGCAAGCGGGAAGAUGGUGCCUCAUCAUCGAUAUUGCGGGAUGGUGACACCGGCUCAGACGAGGUCCAGGACACAAAGAGGAACAAUCCAUGCCAAAAGCUAGCUGCAAGUGAGCGAUCGAAAUCGUUUCCAGUAUUAAUAAGCGAGGAGACAUGUAGCCAGUACAAGGCUCGCGCAAUCGUUUCUGUUGCUUAUUUCUGUGGCUCGCUGAUGGCAGGACUCACGCCACGCGUGCUCGCCAAAAUGUGGGAUUGGGUUUCGAGAGCAGAUGAUGAGCCCCCUGGUGCACUGGAUAGGUUAGGGGAUUGCAUGUGCUGAGAUUGUGCAAAAAAAAGUUGUUGAUGUGUUGAAAAGCUUAACUUGAAAUUCUAUGAAGAUUGCAGCAGCCUCGUCGUACGAGGAUGCAGCAGCUGCCUUUUCGGGAUAGCAGAGUAGUGAAGAAGUUAGUGCAGAUGAUCGCUCGUGAUGUUCGGUAAAUAGUCGCAGCAUUGCCAUCGUGUUGUGUUUGUUUAAACUUGAAAAAUGUUGGUGUAAUU